AUGCAAAGUGUACUUGAAUAUGUCAAGAACAUCGACUUGGAAACCGUCACAGAUCCAGAAGUUUUGAACAACGUGUAUCAGGAAAUCAAUGGAUUUGAAAAGGAGCUGGUGUCGAACUCACAGACUACUUAUCAAAUGGAAAGUAUUGUCAAGAAAAGUAAUGUACAACAGGUGACUGAUCUUCUAAAAAAGCUAGAUGUAGACUCACUGUCUAAGAAAAAGCUUGGAUCAAGAUUUAUUGAAGUGAUUUGUGAUGUUGUAUUCAAAGCAAUCUACAUCAAAAAAUUACAAGUUGACACUGUAACACUUUUUAGCCUUUUGAACACCAAAGAUGCAUUUCAAAAAAACUUCUUGAAUACAAAUGCCACACAUGUUAUCAGGAAGCUGUUCCAGAUUGCCUGCGGCAAGAAGAUUGUAGAAGGAAGAAUUGAACAGCGAUUCGAUCCAUUGAUGCCAGGACAUCUGGAAAAACUCAAAGAUGCGGUUCUUGAACUGAUACCAAGCAUGACCAAAGAGGAUAGCUUUGUAACACUUCUGAUGUAUCUGCAUUGCUAUAGAAGCCAAACAGUCAUAUACGAGGUUUCGAAACAUCACUUUAGCUUGGAAAGCAUAUGCAAUCCAAACACAUCGUAUUUUUUUGAAAAGAUAGUUCAGGCUGCCAAUAAAAAGACGUUGAAAAUGUUUUUUGAUGCAGUGGCAGGAAAUGAAAUGAAUCUCUGUAGAGAUAAAUAUGGAAACUACUUCAUUGGAGAGCUAAUUCUGCAUUAUUCAAAAAAAGCAGAUCACUUCUUCCUUAAGCUUCAACGCAACGAAUUCGACAAAAACUCAAAUAUAACAAUGAAACUUGCACAAGCACUUGCAAAACAAAAAUCAUAUACAAACUUAGAUCAGGUAGUAAAUACUUUUUAUCUUGAGAAUAAAUCAGAUGAUAUUCUUUUCAAUACAUUUGGCGGAGUUGAGGGCAAUUUCAAGCAGAAAUAUGCACCGAUGCUCUGUGAGCUUAUGAAGCUUCCUGAUGGCCAUAAUUACAGUGUUAAUUCAGCAUUCAAAACCCGAUUCUGUGCCAGCUGGAUCAGAUCAAAAGGUGGAAUGGAAAUGCUCAAGGGAUACUACGAAGGAACAGACUGCAAUAAAUCAAAGAAAGAGUUCACAAGGAAAAUACAAAAGUAUUUGCCAGACAUCAUGGAUAGAAAAGGGUCGGAAAGCGUCAUUAAGCUAAUUAUGCGAUACAAAAGCAGGUCGGAAUAA